CAUGUGUACGUGCAGCAAAAGCAUGCGCCUACAUACAUAUGGCAGACAUGCUGGUGAUACUGCCUCACGGGAGCCUGGCGAUGCUCCCUUUCCUGUCUUCCUUCGCUGGCGGUGGGGUACCUAUACUACAUGUAUGAGGAGAACAAAACACCUGUCGCUGCCAUACCCGCAGCACUUGGCAGGAUCGUGCCAAGACGUCGGUUGGUCAAGGGAAGCUGGUGCAUCGUGUUCCAUACAAACCGAUUGACUGACUGGUCGCCUCGUGGUCGUGGCCUUGCCAGCCGCAGGCUGGACGAUAACACACUGCGCUGCAAGCUGUCAAAGGUCCAGGGCAGCAUCUUUGCGUCCGCUACUGCCUUCCGACUAUGCCUGUGCCUGCCUGCUGCCUUUUCCAGCCUGUUGAUAGGACCUGUCAACUACAGUAGGGUUACACGAUGCAACUCCAAAGCGAGGAACAACGAUACGUGGAUGGUCAGCCGAAGCGCUCCAGAAGGGCACAGCAAAGCAGCAGCGGAAAGCCAUUGGGAGGGAGUUGAGCCGAAGGCUGGACCUGGGUCGCUGCCACCCUGCCUGUUGCAGGCGAGGAAGGGUGGGGGUGGGCUGAAAGGAGAAACACGCCGAAGCCCGAGGGUGAGGGCGAGUAAGCGCAUCAGCCGGGCCAGCGCGUUGCGAGCUUAGCCGGUGCAGCGCUAGCGCAGGUGGAGGGGGGUUGCCGGUUAGAUACCGGGUGGGCGCCCCCCCCCACCCAAAGGCCACCAACUAGGGGCGGGAGGCAGCAGAGCAGUGUGCGUGUGCGUGUGCGUGGGUUGGCGUGAAUGUUCCCAUUCCCAUUCGAGCCGGCGUCGCUGGUCACUCCGUC